AUGGCUGGGGUAGUCGACUCCUUACGCAAGCAGAUCACUGCAUGCGAAGCUACACUACAGGAUCUCCGCCGAGAAUUGGCAGAAGCUGAGCGCAGUCAGGGCCAGGAAGCAAAAAUCGUGCCCCACAAUGGACCACAAGCUACAGAUCCGACCAACCCGCUGGAUCAUGAUAUGAAUUUUGGUGUGCCAGAUGAUUUCCGUUCGGAGAUUUUUGCCAUCUUGGACCAAGGAGAGGACCCGUCACAGGAUCCUGCUGCAUCAAAGGGGACUUCGCGAUGGCCGCUCGAGAAGGAAGAAUACAAGAGAUAUGGAAGGCAACUGAUUAUGCCUGAGAUUGGGAUGGAGGGUCAACUACGUCUCAAGCAUUCCCGAGUCCUUAUCGUGGGAGUGGGAGGUCUCGGUUGUCCUGCUGCUGCAUAUCUGGCAGGAGCAGGUGUUGGCACGAUAGGUCUGGUUGAUGGUGAUACGGUUGAAGAAUCCAACCUCCACCGACAAGUCCUACAUUCUACAGCAAGGGUUGGAAUGACAAAGGUGCAAAGCGCAAUGGUGGCCUUGAACUCGCUCAACCCCAAUGUGGAACUCAUGGCCCACGAUUUCCGAAUAACCCCUGAGACGGCUAUAUCGACAUUCAAAGAUUACGAUAUAAUCCUGGAUUGCACAGACACUCCGGCGUCUCGCUACCUUAUUUCCGACACCUGUGUCUUGCUGGGCAAGGUUCUUGUCUCAGCAUCAGCCCUACGCAUCGAUGGACAACUGAUAGUUCUGAACAAUCCACCUCUACCACAAGGCGAUGCAAAUGGGGGGCCCUGCUACCGUUGUGUAUUCCCCAAGCCACCGCCUCCGGAAUCAGUCGUAUCGUGUGGCGAUGGAGGAAUCCUAGGACCUGUCGUCGGUGUGAUGGGUGUUUUGCAAGCCUUGGAAGCAAUCAAAAUUCUGGCUAGGAACCCAGAGACGACAUCACCUGACCCGCCGAGUCUGCUCUUGUUCUCGGCGUACUCAAGUCCCAUGUUCCGCUCUAUGCGCCUCAGAAGUCGAAAGGCCAAGUGUGCUGCUUGUUCAUCCCAUUCAACCGUUAGCGCAAAGGCAUUGGAGAACGGGAGCUUGGAUUAUGUCCAGUUUUGUGGCAGUGUGUCGGCGAUUUCGGAUCCGCUGUCCCCAGAGGAGCGUAUAUCACCGCAGAGCUAUGCGCAACUACGAUCAGGCGUCAAUCCUUUUACGGGGACAGUGUCAAGCAAAGACAGUCAUAUUCUCGUCGAUGUACGUGAGAAGGUACAGUUUGAUCUGUGCAGCAUUGAAGGCAGUGUCAAUGUACCGUUUUCAACAGUAUCAACAACGCAAGCGCCAGCCUCCAGCCCGUACAGCGCUGGGUACAGCCCAGGGUACAACUCUGGAAACAGCGGCAUGGAAGUCGAUGAGGACUACUGGGUCACGUGGCUUAGGCAGACAGAAAAGCCAAUCUUUGUUGUCUGCAGGCUUGGCAACGACUCGCAGGUUACAGUCAAGAAGAUGAAGCAACUCGGUCUUGACGCUGGCGGGAAGAGAUAUAUUGGAGAUAUUAAAGGGGGCUUGCAGGCCUGGAGGAAGAACGUCGAUCAUGACUUCCCAGAUUACUGAGAUGUUUCUUACAUACACGAGUGUUCAAUCCACCUUGAUCAAGUUCACCCUCCAACCGAGCAACUCCACACUAGCCACCUUGUCACCCUCCAUGUGAAAAACAAACGUAUCAAGCGGCCCACCCACGUACCUCAGUGGAUCACCCAAAUUCCAGGCCAUGCACUCCAUAUCCCCGAACAGCUUCUCUGCCGGUACCUUCUGAUCAAGUAGCAUCCUCCAACUCUUCCGAUCCGUACCCAGCGAAUCCGGAUCCGUAGGAUACAACCUCGCGCUAAAGUUCUCCACCGGAAUCCCCUGGCUCGCCGCAAGAGCUGGAAGAACAGCCACAUUAUUGAUAGUCAUAGCGUCGAUAGCCAGACCAGGUCCAUCAGUACCAGAAAUGACGACAGAGUCGUUGGACCCAGAUGUACCACCCAUCUUGUACGCCCCAGCAUACUUUACCUCCGCCUGCUCCCUCGCCAACACAUCAGCCCAAGGAACCACAGCCUUAACAAUCCUAUCCAGCAAAUCCACACAAAUAAACGACGUCGCAGCCCCCGC